CAAAAUUUUAAAUACCUCGCUCCUUAGUGAUGCCGGGUCAGACCAGCAGAUCGGCUGUGGUUAACUAGUGAACCACUAAUGAGCGACCCAGAAAAGAAAAUCUGCCGAUAUUUCAACACAUUUGGAGGCUGCUGGUACGGAGAUAGUUGUAAAUUUCUGCACAUUCCGGAUAAAAAACCACCAUGCAAGUUUUUUGGGUCGUCCACGGGAUGUCGUUACGGAGAAAGCUGUCAUUUUUCGCAUGACCGAACACCAUUCAAAUCAGUGGAAAAUUAUAACAAUCCUUCAGUGGAACUUAUCAAAGAGGUAUUCAAAGAAAAUGUGGAUCCAAGUGAGCUCUCAGGGACCAACAACAAUAACAUGACUCAGGCCACGAUCACCCUGUCAAAUGCAGGCCAGGUUAGUUGCGGUAUCAGUCCCACCGUCAACAUUAUGGACACCGCAAAUGCGGCUUCCGUUAAUCCAUCCGUGUGUGUGGUUGCAACCGAUGGUGACUGUGGCAGAGACGAAAAGACAUACACUACGAAUAAUCCAUUUCACACGGCUUCAGAAUCGAAUAAGAUUCAUCAACCAGAUGAGAGUGAACAGACUGAAAUAUGUCCCCUAAAUGUGGCAAUGGUCCCCAAAAAGGACACAGUAAUACCGAACUCGACUGCUUCCGUGGUCUCCGAACCUCUGAUAUUAAUGCAAACUGUGAAUACAGAUUGUUCAGGCACCGGCACUCAAAAUGUACAGGACCUGUCGACAAGGGGGGCGACUAGCGUCAUGUACUCUACUAAAGAGGACGAUGGACAAACCUGUGCCCCGAAUUCAGUCACCGGGCGCUCCACUGGUUCAUUAGGCGAAAUUGAAAUAUAUUGUGGUUCUUGCAGACGAAUCCUUGAACGGAGAAGUAACGAAAGUUAUUGCACUUUGCUGAAGGAUCAUUAUUUGGAGUGCUUUCUGGAUAAAGAGGGAGACCAUGUGAAAUAUGUAAAAACUAAAGCAGCACUAGAGCCCGGUCAAAUGUACUGGUGCAAGUCGUGCAUACUUAUUUUCGAAAAACCAUGGUCACUGUUCCAGCACAUGGCUGACAAAGCAAAAGGCAGUAAAGUACAACGGUGGGAGAAGAAGAUCCACUUGGACUGGAUGGAUAGUGUUGCCGGACUUAUGGCGGGUUAUGAUCUCGGGCUAUUCAGUCCUGCGAAACUUCGAAUUGAUCUGCGCAACCUUUUGGCUGACCAGCACACAAUGGAGGAAGAAAUGGAAGCCGCGGCGGUUACAGCUGCGGCGAUGAUGCAAUGGCUCGCUCCUUUAAGUAGUCCAUGGCGAUUGCAACAGCGUGAAAUGAUGAGGAAGAUUGAACAACUUAAUCGACAGAUGUUGAGAAAGGCGAAUCUGGGUCUCGGUGGCGUAGGUACUAGUGUUAGUACUGGAGGGCAUCCAAAUAGAGGCACUUUGACUGCACCACUGACAUCAACAACCUCAAAUUCACUCGCUUACGCCGUGCCAAAUCGUAUGAACACUACACCUGCUGUGACUACACAAACGUCUCAGAGAGUUUUAGAAAUUAAGACGGAUACGUCGUCUCAAAUCCUGUCAACAAGAAACAUUUCAUCCGAGGGAAGCAUCGAAUCAGUGGGUGUUCAUCCCCCCUCACAAUCGGAGAUCAAGGGCACACAAGGACCCCAAGAAGGAGAUUCUAACUGUGUUGGUCCUUUGGGAGAUGGGGACUCUCAGAUGGCCUCAUCAGACGAAGGGUCUCAAACUGCGAUGGAGAGUAUAGACAAUGCGCGUGCGUCGGGUGACAAUCUAAUAGCACCUAGUGAACCUGUUACUCCCACCCCCGCUUCGGAAACCAAUAAUGCUGGAGACCAGCGUGAACUGCAGGGUGGUAUCAUGGAUUCUAACAAUACAAAUAGUGUAGCAAGCAAACUUCUUUCCACUUCAGCGCGAGGUGAUGACGGUGGCCGACGCGUGGAAUGCAGGCGCUCUUACAGUAGUGCAUCAGCAUACGGAUACCCAUUGUCUAAGGGAUUUAGCUCACCAGGACACAAUUCCAACGCGCGCUGCUCUAAUGAGACUCUGAGGUAUCCUGUAAACUUAAGGGCAACACGUGCAACAGGUUAUGGGCACAGUACCAAUGGAUACAAUAGCGGAAACAGGGCUGGACCAAAUAGAGCUAACCGUUUCGCUAACGCAUCAAACGCCCCGCCAUCAAGAGCUGCAAACGCCUUCAAUCCACCGAGUUUUCAUGCCAGUAUGGAUUUUAACUGUGGAUUUACAGAUGACGAGGUAGAAGAGCUGUUGUCACAAGGUAUUCAACCUUGGGAGAGCGAGGCUGCGGCAGCCCUAGCUGUACUGCGCGGAGAGCUGGAUCAUUUGCUCCACUAAACUUCCGAUCCUUCCACCGGUUUGUUCGUGUUUCUGGUCCAUCUGUUUGUACUCUUCCGGAGCCUGCGUGUUUUGCUCUUUCUGUGCUUUUAACUUUAUAGUCGUGUUUUUUGCCUUGAUGCUCUCUUCAUAUUCAAAUGUGAAAUGGUGUAGUACCACAAAAGCUUCAUCUCAAUGUACGCACCAGCAAAUGUGUUGCAUUCUAGGGCUCAACCGUUAUGUUUUUUCUUUCCUUAAAUGAUGAUGUUGUGGCCCGAGGUGUUGACCAUCAACGAACGUACAGUCCACCAUGUUCGAUGACUCACCUCUUGCCACAUCUGCAGCAGCGAAAAACCAGUUUAGUUUCGCAAGACCGAUAAAACCGAACUACUUCUGCAAGGGGGUUGUUUGUUUGUUCGCAGCCAGUUACUUCCCCCUAUUUGCUUGAAUUCCACCUGGUUAAGCCUUCCGCAAGCAUGGCUGGAACGCACGAAAGGAAUAUGUUGAAGUUACCUGAUUUGAUUGGGCUUUAUUGGACUGUUCCUAAGUGGACUCAUCACGUGUAUCCCUCAACCGCUUUUGCUCAAUGUAAGCAAGUUCCGUCUCUUCACACCCAAGAUGGGUUUUUGGUGUUCAGAGUUUCUGAUAAGUACGGUAGUAGUUCCGGCGGCGUUAACACCUGUAAUCAGUGAGUUGCCCUGUGGAUUAUUAAAACCAAUCAAAAUAAUUGGUUAGCCGGCGACCAUGCGUGCUCAGUCCAAUUUUUCACCCGAAAGAAGAGAGAAAGGUACUUCUUUGCGAAGUCGAUGUUUUGCAGUUUCUUCGCUCGCACUUAAGAGGGAUUUAUGAACAAUAUAUACUUUUGCUUGUCCGCGUCAUGCGCAUUCCGGAUCAACGGUGUGGAAAAGUUGCUGGCUGGUUUUGAUGUAUCACCACCAAAUGGACCAAGUGACAGAAGAGGUACUACUGAAAAAGGAGAACCAAUAUCUCCUGGAGAUACUUCUUACAUCUCAGUCACAGUAACUGGUUCAAUCAGGUGAUUUAUCUGAGUGGAAUAUUCACAACCAAGCCUGUCACGUCUACAAACCGAUCCCCCAAGAUUAACACAGCCAGUCACUGUCUGCCAGUUCAUUCGCCCGUUUAAUCUCUGUGCAUUCAGUCUACCUGAGAAACUGACUCACACUUGCCGCUUUUGUCCCUCCAGCGUGUGAUUCGUUCUUGCCCGUGCAUCCAGGCAAUCUACAGAAUCAAAUGUUUUUGCUUUCUUCGCCUUUAGUGAUUAAACGUGUCGUUAUAAUUCUGUUCGGCGCAGCAAAUAAAGUAAAAGCCACGUUCGCUUGAAAAUGCGGAAACUCAAUCUUUUUUGUAACUGCUUCGGGAGUGCUGUAGUUGCAGGCCUUCAAAUAAGGGAAAGGUAAAUUUAUGGUUGGUUUAUGUCAGAAACGUACAAACAUAUUCCAGGUCUUUUGAGUAGCUUGAAGGUCAGCUUUGAUGGAGUAGCACCAACUGAUUACGGGCUCUCGAAUGUGGUUGCAAGUUGCUCAGCCUUUCCUCCAUUUCCAGUUCAUGAUCAGCACACGCUCUUCAUUGUCUGUGCGGCGAACAUCGACACCGAAUCGACCGCCAGAGUUCAG